GCGUAUCUUUCAAACAACAUGUCUGCUGGAAACAUGAUGAAAACAGAGGUGUCAGUCGCUGCUACUUUCAUCGGCGGUUUACUGAGCAGCAGCGACUCUCUCACUGGAGAUCAGCUGCAGAUCUUCACUCACACACUCACUAAUGCUCUACUAGAGCACUAUCAGCACCACUGGUUUCCUCAAGCUCCCUGCAGAGGCUCUGGCUACAGAUGUUUAUGGAUCAACUGUAAAAUGGACCCGCAUAAAGGAAAAGCAGCCUCUGCUGUUGGAUUUACACAAGAGCAGCUUUUCUCAUCACUUCCAGCAGAGCUGACACUGUGGGUGGACCCUUACGAGGUGUCCUAUCGAAUCGGUGAGGAUGGAUCCAUUUGUGUUCUCUACAAGUCCUCACCACUACGGCCUAAAAGUGCCACCUCAGCAGAUACAUCAGCCCACAGGAAGGAGAAACUAAAAACCAGACGAUCGAACCGAUCAAGAAGGUUCAACGUAAUGGAAGGGUCUCUGUUAUGA